AUAAGUCAAGCCGAGUGAACGACGCCACUCUUGGGACGUGUGUGACUACUUUGUGUCGAACGGAGAGACAAGGAGCAGCUACUUUCUUUUAGCUAAUGGUGCAUCGCUCCGCUUUGGACGGUACCUUUGGACUUUUAGCCAAGACUACACUGCUUGUUGUCUCUCUGAGGGGAGCACCUGUUCGUCUGUCCGCUGUUAGCUGAGACGCAGGACCGAGUACCCCGCACCGGGAGAGAGUGGAUGACUUCGGUGGAUGAAGGUCUGUCUGGAGCCAAGAGGGGGGCCGCUGACUGUGGACCUCCCUCUUUAGGAAGCGAGGGCAGCGACGAGGAGAGGCUCCCUCCGAUCAUCAUGUGUACACGGGCCUAUCCUGACGUCGUGCCCAGCAGCCCACUGUUCCCCGGAGACGUGGAGGAGGACGAGGGCAAGGAGAGAGACUCCGAUAGAGACAGCGCCGUGGAAAGCACCCAAGGGUCCGACACUUCAGAGGGGCCAACCAGACUGGGGGACAAGGAAGACAUCUUGGGGGAUCUCUUCUUCCCCUCUGAGAAGACAAGCGGCACGAGCAACUCUGUCAUCUCAGACCUGUCGACACGUUCCUCGGCUUCUCUGAACGAGGAGCAGUUUGAGGACUACGGCGAAGUGGAAGAGCCCGACUACGCUCCCAGCAGCCCCUAUCCAGAAGACGAGAGCCGUACCAACGGAUAUUCUGAUCUUGGAUCAUCUGUGCCAUCGAGUGCGGGCCAGACGCCACGUAAGGUGCAACAACAUUACCCUGCAGAGAUGAUGGACAUCUACUGUUGUCAAUGCAGCAAAAAAGUCAACCUGCUCACUGACCUAGAGGCUCGUCUCAAAAACCUCAAGGCUAACAGUCCUAACAGGAAAAUCUCCAGCACAGCAUUUGGAAGGCAGUUGCUCCACAACAGCAACUUGAGUAGCAGCAAUGGCAGCACAGAGGACCUUUUCCGAGAUAGCAUCGACUCCUGUGACAUCGACAUCAAUGAGAAGGUAAACUCUUUGGAGAAGAAGGUUGCAGAACUGGAGAAUGAAAUUGUAAUGAAUGAUGAGCUCAAGUCCAAGCUGAAGCAGGACAACACUCAUUUAGUACACAGGGUCAAUGAACUUGAGGAACAACUGAAAGACCAGGAGACACGGGAGAACCAAAAUCUGCAGGGGGAGUUGAGACGACAUCGAGAGGCCUUCAGCAAGAUGGAGAGAGACAAAACGACACAGAUCGAGCUGCUCAACAACCGAGUUAAGCAACUGGAGGAUGAGAAAAAUGAGAUGCAUAUUAACAUGACCAGACUGAAGACGCAGACUGAAAAACUGGAUGAGGAGAAGCAAAGGAUGACAGAUAAGCUGGAGGACACCAGCUUACGUCUGAAGGAUGAAAUGGACCUGUACAGGAAAAUGAUGGACAAACUGAGACAAAACAGGCAGCAGUUCCAGGAAGAGAAACAGGCCAUGCAGGAGCUGAUGGAGGACCUGCGGCGAGAGCUGGAGCACUUACAGCUCUUUAAACUGGAUGUCGAAAAGACCGGACGUGGCCGCAGCUCUUCUUCUGGUCUGGCUGACUACAACAACAGGACCAGGGAGGUGGAGCUGGAGUACGAGGUCAAGAGGCUCAAGCAGGAGAACCAGAGACUGAAGGAGCAGAACGAUGAUCUGAAUGGCCAAAUUCUCAGCCUGAGCCUGUACGAAGCCAAGAAUUUGUUCGCCACGCAGACCAAGGCCCAAUCUCUGGCUGCUGAGAUAGAUAAUGCCUCCAGGGACCAGUUAAUGGAAGCCCUGAAGGAACAGGAGGAAAUCAACAUGCGGCUGCGACAGUAUAUGGACAAAAUCAUCCUCUCUAUCCUUGAUCACAACCCUUCCAUCUUGGAGAUCAAGGCCUAGCAGCGGCCAUAUGGAGUCAGCACAGCAUUGAAUAUAGAGAACUGGGACAUCUCCCCCUUCAGUUUGAAGAAUCCUAAAGGGUGUAUGCUGAACUAAAGGGAGUGACUUGAUGGUCACACUAAUGUGACGCGUCAUCUGGAUUUUUUUUCUACAUUGUCUGUGCUAUGAAGACAUACUUGUUGGUGUCUUGUCCUCGACACACCUUGGAACCGGAAAGACUACGCUGGAUAUGGGCAUGCUGGUACAAAAACUGGAAGAGCCUAUCUCAUCAGACAUGUUUUGGCUAAUAUUAGGAACAUUAUAAGCACUGUGAGAUGCUAGGCAACUAAAACGGCAAGCUCACGCUAUGUUUUAGGCUGGUUUAGUAACAGUACUGUUAUGUAAGUGGAGCAUUUGGAACUGGCAUAUUUGAAAAGCAAGUUGGGAAAAGUGGGAAAAGUGGUCAAAUUUAUCAAGGUUACAGUCGAAGGAAAGCAAGUCUUUCCUAAAGACUAUGGUUCACGCUAUUGGGAGUUGGGUUUCGGUGAAGUUGCUUCUUUGCAAAUGAAGGUAAUAUAUUUGUUUACUCUUGAGAACAUGUCUUCCAGGAACGCUGCAACACAUGCACUGUGUCACUGUUCCGACUUGGAUUUAUUAAUGAGUCACUUUAGAGAUGAAGAAGCCGCCGCCGAGGAGUGUCUUUAAACUGUAACUUACAUGAUCGCCCCCAUGCUUGAAAGGUACACUGCUGUUAGCAAUAAUAAUAAGCUCAACCAUGUUGCACAGAAAAGUUUUGAUGUGUAAUGAAUGUACGGGAUGUGACUCGGAGUUGCCACUGUAAGUGAAAUGUGUGCAUUACAUGGAUACAUGGGAGGAGCCUGUACGAAGGAAAUGGCCCUGUGAUACUUUUGAAUAUCAUGAAUGUACAUCUUGAUAAUUCACUCCAUGUGAGAAGGGACAACAAUAUGCUGUAUUAUGUACUUAACUAAAACUUGAGUUUUGCUUCCUUGCACAAAACCUUUGGUUUCCCUUUGCAUGGUUCAUACUUCCUCAGUCUGUGCCUUGGGAGGACAAUUUUCAGGUGGAUGUUGUAAAAUGAAUUGCUUAAGGAGGUACAUUGUAUGUCUUAAUCAUUUUUCUGGACUUGUAAAUGUUGUAAUUACAUAGUGAUCAUUUGUAAA